AUGAGCCUGUACAGACUAGUUCGUAAAUAUGUAAUCUGCCGAAAAUGCUUCCAAGAUGUCGAAGCACAUGAAAAGUGCUUCCUGGACGAAAAUACGGCAUUCAAGCUCCUUCUGCACCAGGAUAAGUCAUGGAGAAUCCAAAGGAUACGAGUGAAGAUCAUUGAAACAAGCAAUGCGCUUCAUGGUUUUAGAGUUCAAGCCCUGCCAAACCAAGAAAUUUCUCCUGAUGUCCCUCCAUGUACUAUCACUGGUGAAUGGGAAGAAAGAAAUAGGGGAUGCGCUUUGUGGCUUCAAUCAGUAGAAGCCCAACCAAAAGCCCCAUCGGAAUUAGAAGCAGCCGAACAACUCGAAGCACAGGAAUUUUCCGAAGAAGCACGUCAAGCUGUGAUGAAUUACAGAAACGAGGUUGCAGCUGCGAUCCCAGAACCGAAAAGAAAACCAUUCCAAUAUUCAAAUAACAUUCAAAAACUACCCGAACCCUCCAAAACGGAUGUGAAACUGGGAGCUCAAAAGCUUUCCGGAGAAGUACUUUCGGGAUCAAAUAAAUCAGCCGAGCAAAACGCGAGUUCUUCAAAACGUACUUCGCACAAUGAUAAGUUUAGCAAGGCGAAAGAAACACCAGGUAGCUCUUACACGAAAAUUCUUUCCAGGGGAGAGAAAUUAGACGAGUGUUCUAAAGAUAUUCCGGAGAAUCGUGACGUCCCCAAGGAAGAAAUAAAGCAGGGAGUUGGAAAGACUUACGCGGAAGUACUUAUGGAAGCGAAGAAGUCAGCGGAAUAG